AUGCUCUGGAAGACAGCUGCUCUUGUGUCGAUUUUUGCUUCUCGUGCCUGGGGCAAACCAAGCCGUCAGGUAGAGGCCUCCGAUUAUGUUGAUUGGAAGACCUUCAAAGCAAAUGGCGUGAACCUCGGAGGCUGGCUCGUCCAAGAACCCAACAUCGAUCCUACUUGGUGGAAUACCUAUUCUGGAGGGGCUUCAGACGAAUGGACUUUCUGCAAGAACCUAGGCUCCCAAUGUGGGCCAGUCUUGGAGGAGCGUUACGCGACCUGGAUCACAACAUCUGAGAUCGACAAGCUAGCCCGCUCAGGAAUCACAUUGUUACGGAUUCCUACCACCUAUUCGGCAUGGAUCCAACUCCCGGGCUCCCAGCUUUACUCGGGCAACCAGACUUCAUACCUGAAUGACAUCGCCACAUACGCCAUUGAAAAGCAUGGAAUGCAUAUUAUUGUCGAUGUGCAUGGGCUUCCUGGUGGCAUCAAUGGACAUACCAUGGGCGAAGCUGAGGGUCAUUGGGGUUGGUUCCAUAAUCAGACCAAUUUCGACUACUCGAUGCAAGUCAUUGACGCUAUGAUUUCAUUCAUCCAAAACUCCGGUCACCCAGAGUCUUACACUCUCGAACCGAUCAACGAACCAACCGAUAACCGAAACCAGGCGGUUUUUGGAACCCCUGCUGCUCUUUCUGAUAAGGGCGCCGCGUGGAUCUUGAAGUAUAUCCAUGCUGUGCUUGAUCGUGUGGCUAGUGUGAAUAGCAAAAUUCCGGUCAUGUUCCAGGGAAGUUUCAAGAACGAGAAGUAUUGGUCCGGCAACUUCACUGGCCACGAGAAUCUGAUUUUCGACGUGCACAACUACUACUUCGCCGGCCGAAACACCACCUCUUUAAAUCUUCCAUCGUUCUUGCAUUCCGAUGCCAGGACGAUGACUGGUGACAAGAAGUUCCCCGUAUUUGUUGGAGAAUGGUCUAUCCAAGCUUUGUACAACAAUACAUUUUCACUGCGUGCGCAAAAUCUGAACUAUGGAUUGAAGGCUUUCCACCACUAUGGCCAGGGCUCAUCCUACUGGUCUUGGAAGUUCGGUGGAAAUGAUACUAUUGGGGGACAGGGGACUCAGGGCGAUUAUUGGAACUAUGAGUAUUUCGUCGACAAUGGACACACCAGCGAUAACUGA